UGUCAAGAACGCAAAAAAAAAAAAACAAAACCCACCGGACGCAAGUGUUCCUUCUUCAUAAAUAAUAGUUUAUAAAUUUAAUACUUAUAAAAUAAAAGAAAGAAAAAAUAAAAUAUACACAAUGGUAGUUUGGACACGACUGCACCGCUUUUCAGCAAUCGCCGCUGGAGCUGGAGCCGGUCUUGCAACCUACUACUACCACAAACUAUCCGAAAAAGAAAACGUGGUACAUAACUCUUGGACCACCAUUGACCACAAACUCAUUAACCCCUGCUCAAUUUGGAACAAAGCCUGGGAUUGCCGUGAUCCCAAAAGUCUUGUUCGUCCGCCCAAAAACGAUUCAGCCGAAGAACAAAAUCGUUACAAUGCAGCUAUCGAAGCUUGCCGUCCGAAAGCCACACGACAUAUCAUUUUAGUCCGCCAUGGAGAAUAUUUAGAUGCAGGCGAAGAAGAUGAUACCCAUCAUCUAACUGCCAGAGGACGAGCUCAAGCAACACUAACAGGCAAGCGCCUCAAAGAGCUCAAUAUUACCUGGGACAAUGUAAUUGCUUCGACAAUGGUACGAGCUCAAGAAACGGCCAAUUUAGUGUUGAAUGAGAUCGACUUUGACCCCAAGAAGAAAAAGAACUGCCCGUAUUUGCGUGAAGGAGCACCGAUUCCUCCUCAGCCGCCAAUAGGUCAUUGGAAACCAGAACAAUCGCAGUUCUUCCGCGACGGAGCUAGAAUUGAAGCAGCAUUUCGAAGAUAUUUUCAUCGUGCCAAUGCUAAUCAGGAGCACGAUUCGUACACUAUGAUUGUGGGGCAUGGCAAUGUCAUUCGUUAUUUUGUUUGCAGAGCUUUGCAAUUUCCAUCUGAAGCUUGGUUGCGAUUAAGCAUAAAUCAUGCUUCAAUUACUUGGUUGUCGAUUGGACCAACUGGACGUGUUACCAUCAAAACACUUGGUGAUUCUGGACACAUCCCAGCUAAUCUGCUGACAUUUAAAAUUCCAAGAGAUUCUGGAAAGUUUGUAUGAAUUACAUAAUUUUGAUUUAAGACAAAAAAGUAUUUCUAAUGCGGAGCGUGGAUACUUAAUAGCGAUUAAGAAUGUAUUUGGAAAACUGUCCACAAACACCUUGUUAAUUUUCACUUUAAUAAAAUAAUUUUUCAAUUGAACAAA